AUGCACAGCGAGCGAAGGCCUGUGGAGUUUGUACAAGUAUGGACCAUCCCACAGAUGUAUGCCCCAUUUUACAAGAAGAUGGAUCUAAACACGAAAACACGGCUGCAGAAUUCAUUUGUUAAUCGUCCUCUAGGAUUUCAACAACCAUGGCAAGCAAAGCCUCAGCUUUCGUCUACAGAUUCAGGAGACUCUUUGCCAGAUAUUGUCAAGAAUCUGGUCACGAAUACUGCUCAAUUUCAAAAGAAAACUAGAGCGGGUUUGUUGGAAUCUAGAUCGGGUAUUAAAAAUCUGGAGACUCAAAUAAGUCACAUGUCAACUGCAAUUAAUAGUCUGGAGUCUCACGUUUUUAGAAAAUUGCUAUCACAACUUGAGACAAAUCCCAAGAAUGUAAGUGCCAUGACACUGAGAAGUGGCAAGGAAGUGGAUGGGUCUAAGUUGACAAAUCCAAAAAGCAAAAGCGAGAAAGAGAUAGAAAAAGAGAUUGAAGAAGAAGGGCGCAUUCGCGAAAACUCUAAGGUAACAUUUACUCCUUUACCUCAUAUUAAAUCUAAUUUACUUCCUUUUCCUUGCAAGUUGGAAAAGACAAAGAAGGCAGAGAAGGAAAAAGAAAUUCUGGAUGUGUUCCGGAAAGUGGAGAUCAAUAUUCCCUUGUUGGAUGCCAUUAAACAGAUAUCAAAAUACGCAAAAUUUUUGAAGGAUCUGUGCACCCACAAGAGGAAGCUAAGGGGUGACGAAAGAGUGGCGGUGGGAGAAAAUGUGUCGGUUAUAUUUCAAAGGAAACUCCCACCAAAGUUUGCAGACCCAAAUAUUCCAGCAGCAGCCACCAAAUUGAAAGACCCGAAUUUUGGAGUAACCUCAGGAGUAGAAGCACCACAAGAAAAUUUCGGGUCAAAACUGAAAGUUAAGCAAUUAGAAUUGUUUGAGCAGCAAGAUUUGAUGAAGAUGGAUUCGCACUUGUCUAGAGCACUUGGGCAGAUUCUCCUCCUCUUGGCCUCCCGUACAUGUUCUUGGUCUUCUGGGUCUUUUUCUCCUGCCUCAUAUCCGCCGUCUGUGGUGGUCGGAGGCGGUGGAUGA